UGUGGAAGCUAAAAAAAGCCGAAUUCACAGAAACAGAGAGUAGAGUGGUGGUUGCCAGGGGCCGGGGGUGAGGAAGCGCUGACGUCGGUCAGAGCACAAGCUUCUAGGUGGAAUAGAGUGAGCUCCAGGGGUGUAAUGCACAGCAGGGUGACAACAGCUAAGGACACUGUCCUCUGUACUUGGAAGUUAGGAGAGUAGAGCUUAAACGCUAUCACCAAGGUGAUUCUGUGAUGCGAUGGACGAGUGAACUAGCCUUACCGUGGGCUUCAUUUCCCACCGUGCAUGUGCACCAGAGCGUCACGUUGCGCACGUUAAAUGUACACGUUGUGUGUCAGUAAUAUCUCCGUAAAGCUGGGAAAAAAGAAUGUACUGACAUUUGAGCCUCAGGCACAGGGUAGUGCUGCCCAGACCCCUGCGAGGAAGGGCUUGCCGCCCAGCUGCAGGGGGCAGUCAGCUCCCGCGGUGUGCCUGCCAGGCCUUUCGCCUUCCCAGGGACAGACUGCUUUGGUGACUGACCCAGGCAGGGUGGAGAGGCUCUGAGGAGGGUGGGCUGCGCUGUGGGCCCACCCAGUCACCCUGCCUCUUCCUCUCCCCAACCCCAGGCUGUGGUCCCCAGCUGCUCCGUGAUGGACCUUGCAGAGUGAGCUCCUCUGAGUCCGUGUCCCAGAGAGCCAACUACGGCAUGCGCUGUCCAACAGAUCUCACCCUUGGGGCCUUCGUGGACCUGCCCGCGCAAGCCGUCUCUGUGUGUUUGAAUCGAGGGUCAUCUCUGUUGCCGUCAUUUACACACCAGAACAGAAGGAAGUGGGCGCUUGAACGGCUCUCUGCCCCUCACUGAGGGUGGAGCUGGUGUCUCUUGGGAUGCCGUGUCCGCGUGUGGAGCGUGGUUAUCACGGAGCUGUCAGGAAGCAAGUUUCAGGGGCAGGGACCGUUGGAGAGCUUAGUCUUUGAGUCUGUUGAUCUCGGCUGGAGUAUUCUGCAAGAAACAGAUAAUUUCCACCUCACUCAAACUGGUUCAGAAUUGAAAAUAAUUAAAACCUUUCCCCAGUUUACUUAGCAAAGCCAGGGUAGCCUGAUACCGAAAUCUGAUAAAGACAAGAAAACCACUUCAAACCCAGCGGCACUAAAAAAGAAAAAAGGAACCGAAAGACCGCCAGGACCCUGAGCAGCGGCAUCGUCGUGCCUGGAAAACGCUUGGCUCCCAGCUGGGCUGCCAGGCUUUGCACGCCGGCUGUGCUCCUUCCCCGCGUCGGGGCCUUGGACUCGCUGUGCAGCCUCUCCAGGGGCUGGUCUGCUCCUUGUGCGGCAGAGGUGGUGAGAGGGCCCACCUGCCAGGAAGGUAACGGGUGCAGCGCUCCCCCCAGCCGUCUGCACGGGGGCGGGAGGGCUGUGCGGUCCACGGCGCGGCUGUGCCACGUGGUCUGGGCAGCUGACUAUUUCUAACAGAAGGCUCCACUUUCACCACGUUUUGGGGGAACCAGGAUCUUUGGCAGAGCCCAAUCUGAUCUGGAAUGUGAGGAAGAAGUCAGGGCUGCUCGAAUCCUCUUAUGUUUUCUGUCGGCCUCCUUCGCAUGGACACAGCACCAGCCUCACCACAAGAAACUUCUUCACAGAAUUCCAUCCUGCGGCUGUGUGCAUGGCCCUGGGCACCGGUGCUUGGGGCCUUCCACGUCAAAAAGGUGGUCGGAGCCUGUGGGCGCCCCCGCCUCACCUGACAGAAGGGGAGCCCACGCACAUCUGCCCCGUCAGUGCUUGAAACGGGAGGUCCAGAAACUACUGCGCAGAGCCAAGAGGGGUGGCUGGGGGAAGUCUCUCUUCUGCUGCUGCAGUACCAGAGGCAUGUUUGCAGGGCUGGACCUAAUGCGGCGCAGCCCUUGCAGGGGGCGUCCUGGGCCAGCAGGGUGGGGUGUCUGGGUCACAGCUGAAGGCCACCAGGCUUGCUCCGAGGACGGUCGUCAGGGCACCAGGGGCCCGAGUCCCAGCACGUCCAUCGUGUGUGGAGGAAGAGAGAAGAAGUGAAGUUGAGGGAGCAGCCACUAGGAGACACAUUCGAACUCACUUUGGAGAACAGUUUCCAGUUUUCCACAAGUAGAAGGUGCUGGUGCCCCAGAGGCCCUGCUCUCUGGCUCCGACCACUAGGUGGUAGCUCUGGCCCGCGGCCGCAGAGGAGGGCGGGCGGGCGGCAGGAGGCGGGCCCGCGCGGCUGCUUUAAAGGCAAGGGAGCUGCGAGGAGGUUGGAGACGCCUUGCCACGGGUCCUGGUCCCGGGCUGAUGGCACUUGGGUCAUCGCAGCCUGUGGAUGCCGGUGCCCGGGCUGAGCUGGGGUCCGAGUGAGGCUCGCGGGGUCCGGUGCAGAGGAGAGGCCGAGGGAGACGGUAAAGAGCCCCGCUUCUCAUUCACUCCGUCUGCUUGAGAGGAUGCAGACUGCGGCUGACCCAGCUGGGGGCUCGCACAUCAGUGCAGUCGGCCUGUAGUUCCGGGACAGAACAGUAAAUCUGCUGCCAAGAAGAGGAGCCAUGAAUUCCUCAUUCCACCUGCAUUUCUUGGACCUCAAGCUGAAUGCCACAGAGGGCGACCUCUCGGGAUGGAACAUCAGGAACACGUCCUUGCCCUGCGAGAAAAUGAACAUCGCUGUGGAGGUGUUCCUCGGCCUGGGCCUCCUCAGCCUGCUGGAGAACAUCCUAGUGGUUGGCGCUGUCGUGAAGAACAAGAACCUUCAUGCCCCCAUGUACCUGUUUGUGUGCAGCCUGGCCGUGGCCGACAUGCUGGUGAGCUUGUCCAACUCCUGGGAGACCAUCACCAUAUACCUAAUCUCCAACAAGCACCUGGUGCUGGCGGAUGCCUCCGUGCGGCACCUGGACAACGUCUUCGACUCCAUGAUCUGCAUCUCGGUGGUGGCCUCCAUGUGCAGCCUGCUGGCCAUCGCGGUGGACCGCUACGCCACCAUCUUCUACGCCCUGCGCUACCACCACGUCAUGACGGGGCGGCGCUGCGGGGCCGCCAUCGCCGGCAUCUGGGCCCUGUGCACGGGCUGCGGCACGCUCUUCAUCAGGUACUACGAGUCCACGUACGUCGUCGGCUGCCUCGUCGCCAUGUUCCUCGCCAUGCUGCUGCUCAUGGCGUGGCUGUACACACACAUGUUCCUCCUGGCCCGGACUCACGUCAAGCGCAUGGCCGCCCUGCAUGGCUGCGGCUCCGGGCGGCAGCGCGCCAGCAUGAGGGGAGUGGUCACCCUGGCCAUGCUGCUGGGCGUCUUCACCGUGUGCUGGGCGCCCUUCUUCCUGCACCUCACCCUCAUGAUCUCCUGCCCUCAGAACCGCUACUGCUCCUGCUUCAUGUCCCACUUCAACGUGUACCUCGUGCUCAUCAUAUGUAACUCUGCCAUCGACCCACUGAUCUAUGCCUUCCGCAGCCCGGAGAUGCGCAAGACCUUCAAGGAGAUCCUGUGCUUGCACGGCGUCAGAGUGCCCUGCCGGUCCCUGGGCAGGUUCUCCAUGGACAGCCGCCUCUCUGCAGCUCCUUCACUGCCCUCGUGACCGGGUCGGCCAGGGCAGCCCAAACCGGACACCAUCACGCGUCCUUUUUUCCACCUCUAAUCUGUGCUUAAGAUGCAGAUGCCCCGGGCGGUCAUCGGGUCAGAUGCACACAGGCCACCUCUCCGUUCUGGGGACGUCUGGCGGUUUCUCACUGCUCCUGCCCCUGCCCCUGCCCCUGCCCCUACCCCCUUCUGGAGUCCACAUGUCCCCGUCUGCGAGGUGUGUAGUCAGGGAUGUGGAGCAGGUCUCAGCUGAUGAGCACGGAGGCACGUGACAGAAAAUCUGUGAACACCCCCAGGAGGAGGCCUGUAACUUUGAGUGAUGCCCUUGGGAGUUACACAUGCGUUUCAGGGCAGAGCGAUCAAAUUCUUUCCAUUUGAAAUUUCCUGCUCGUUUGCCGUGGGCCAUCCCUACAGCUCUCCUGUCCUGGACGUUUGGUUUCAGUGCUUGUGUCCAUGAUUGUGCAAGGGUGGAAUUUCUUUGAUUAUGCUUCUGUCAAUCACAUUUUUGCACUUACCCAGACAUAAAACUUUGUGCCGCAGAACUUGCCUCAUGUGAGAUGAAAGUCUCUGUGACUCUUUCUUACUGUCUCGUUCUGACUCAGUCCGGAGUUUCCAAAUGAGUGUUCUGGGGGUGUGUGAGGACUCCAGGCACCUCUGGGCUGCAUGUAGCCCACCCCACAGCCAAGCUACCUUUGACCUUCUCAGCUGGGAUCUUGGGGUCUGAAACCCCAUCACUGUCUUUGCACUUUGCAAUCUGACUCCAGCAGCCAGAGUAGGUCAGGGGCCCCACCUCUAACCCAGGGAGCCUCAUCUUCUCCAGUGUAGGAGGGAGUGAGGGAACGUGAGGUCAGUCCUGACUCUGCCACUAAUGGGUGAUGUCACCUUAAUCAGCUCAUUUCAGGCCCUACAUCUGUGCUGGUGCUGACCUUACAGAACAGUCAUCAGAACUGAUGAGAAAAUGUGGGAGCACUUGAAUCUUGGAAAGCACCACAGGGACUGUCUAUGUAUUCUAAAGGACGGUUGCAAAUGGAGGUCAGUGCUUGGAGAGGGUGUGGAGAGCCACGGUCAGAGCAGCGGUCAGGGCAGCGGUCAGGGCAGAGGUCAGGGCAGAGGGUACCUGCGUUGCCCCGGAGCAGGUGUGGGCCUUGGGUGCGUCUCUCUCGUCCCAGUGACCGCGUCUGAUGUGAAAGGCUUGGCCCUCAGUUCUGAAUUCCAUUCUUACUUUUGGUGUUAAUUCUGUCUCUCUUAUUUUGGAUAUUCGUGUCUGGAUGUGCCCAGUGAAGGAAAUGUGUAAAUGUUAGGGUCACUUGCUGACGAGUGUGAGGCCUACGGGGCAGGGGCCUUCCUGGUGCAGUGCGUGAACAGCCUGUAGACCUGACCCCGCCGGCAGCUCAGUGCAGACGUGAGCAGGAGCAGAGACAGCACACCUUUGGGAAAAGGUAGGCUGGCUGCUCGUUGACAGCUGAGCUGUGAGGGGCAGCCAGCCCUCGGAUGCUUCCUGCUUUUUCAGCUGAACGUUCCUGUGUAAGCGUGGGUGAGCUCCGUGCAGGCAUGUGGACCCGCCACCCGUGUUGCGUGGGCACCUAGGAGCCCAGGCUCUGUCAAUGCUGGCCUCUCGCCGCCCAGCUUGCCUUGGUGGCCAUGCUGCCACAACAGUUUCUAGCACUCCGUUGAUGUUCGUGUUGCUGAACAGAAGUGUCCUCAGCCCGCUGCCCGGCAGUGCUCACUGAGUGCUGACUGAGCUCACCGGGGCCCGAUCCCGUGGGUGGAAUGAAACUUCGGCCCUUGGGGUUUACACUGGCUCCACCUGGGAGCCAGGCUGACUCGCUGCUCUGGGUGCGUCGUGACUGCAGACAAGGUCUGACCUCUUCCACAAAGUCCUUAAGGAGAUGCACAGAUGUCUGUUAUCUCUAUUAUUAAUAGGCAGAAAUAACCCGAGUGUUUAGACAUGUCUUCAUUGGGAAGCAGUGCGUGUGCACGGAGACCCGGUAACCACCUGUAAAUGAGCCAACCUCGGGAUCCCAGCACAAAGUCCCCCAGACAAAAACCCAGGUAACCGUGGUACGGUAUUGUUUAUUAGCUCUUUCUGCUUCUGUAGGAACUUUAUUUGAUGUAAAAAUGUGUGUUCAGAAAUGGUUAAUAAAACAAGGAGCAGACAGCCCAUCUGAACCAGUCACUGACGUGUGAUGUUCAUUCAGCCUGUGGUCCUUCGGCCAGUCUGCGAGCAGCUGCUGGGAAAUAAGGCACGUUUGCAGGUGAACCCUGGUGGUGUUUCCUCAACAGCCUCUGCUGCCUGCAGGGUGGCUGCUCCUCAGAGCCAAACGAUUGAGCUCCUGAAAGUAAAAUGAAGUCGCACACUUGACACUGUGUGUGGUCCGAAAGUCUGUCUUUCAGGAAGCCGGUGAGUCUUCUGUGGGUCUUGUCCGGCAGCGCUCAGUGGGGCUGGAGGCAGCACUGUCAGAGAAUCUGCCGUCCUGGAGCUCUGGGGACGGACUCUCCCAGGCGUGAGUGCACUAGGUGUGCCGCUGGAAACAGUGCCCCAGUUCGAGAUCAUGCACGUAACUACACGUGAGUUUAGGAGGCCCGGUCUGUGGGAACGCGAGCUGGGAUGUGUGCGGUGAGAGAGGAAGUGUCUCUGCAGCAGGCCCAGAGAUCACACCUCGUGGUCUGGAGACCAGCUCACGGGACAGCUUAUCUGAUGGUUUCCCCAAUAUGAUGGCGGUGGAACGGGGGCCACACAGAUGCGCCCGUCCGGGCAU